UACUUUGACAGCAGCCAGUUUUUUUCCAGGGAACAAAAAUGAAAUAACCUUCUUGUUGCAGGUUGUUUAUAGCCUCGGUGGACUUCUGUACCUGCAGCGCAUGACUCACGAUGGAGGCAGAAAUGAAGGGAAAUGCUACUCAGCCUGUGACAUGUAAUAAUGACAGCGACAGCAGGGUUGACCCCUAUGGCUUCGAGAGGCGCCAUGACUUUGACUCCUACAAGGAGAUGAUGAAUGAGUACGUGGCUGUUCUUAACAGAAGGUCGAUGAGAUGGUCGAAGCUGCUUCAAGAGAAACCUCAGGUGGAGAAGAACCUAACAGUGAAGAGAUAUGUGCGUAAAGGCGUGCCUAAUGAGCAUCGUGCCAGGAUCUGGAUGGCAGCUAGUGGAGCCCAGGAGCAACUGGACAGUAAACCGGGUUAUUACCAGUCUCUGCUGGCCAUGGAGCACGACGGCAAGCUGAAGGAAACCAUUCACACAGAUAUGCACAGGACCUUUCCUGACAACAUCCUCUUCCAGACCAGAGCAGAACCGAGCCUGCAGAAGGCUCUUUACAAUGUGCUGCUGGCCUACGGACACCAUGAUCAGACGGUGGGGUACUGCCAGGGGAUGAACUUCAUCGCAGGCUACCUCAUGAUCAUCACCAAAGACGAGGAGAAAGCCUUCUGGCUUAUGGAUGCAUUGUUGGGUAGAAUACUUCCAGACUACUACAGCCCGGCCAUGAUGGGCCUGAAGACUGACCAGGAGGUCCUUGGUGAGCUGGUGAAGACCAAAUCCCCGGCAGUAGGACAGCUCAUGGCCCAGUAUCCCGGCAUAUGGACUCUGGUGGUGUCGCGCUGGUUCAUCUGCCUCUACAUCGACAUACUCCCAAUUGAGACCGUCCUGCGGGUCUGGGAUUGUCUCUUCUACGAGGGCUCAAAGGUGCUUUUCCGUGUUGCUCUGACGCUCAUCAUUCACCACCAGACGGAGAUCCUGAGAGCUCGCUCUUUGCCCGAUGUGUGCGAGUGCUUCAAACAGAUCACCUGUGGAGCGUUCACUCUGGACUGUCACACCUUCAUGCAGAAGAUCUUUUCAGAACCUGGGACCCUGUCAAUGACAACUAUUGAUAAACUGCGAGAGAAGUGCAGACAACAAAUCCUGAAAGAGGAAUCGGGACAACCAUGAAGUUUAGGAUCCACCGUGUUCCUAUUUGACUGAAUUUUUGAAACUAAGGACUUUCAGUCGGUGUAAGAAAAGCACUGUAUUAUCAGGACAUAUCACCUAAUGGACGUAGUGGCGGCGGCUGGCUCUGGCUCCUUCUGUGACUAGUUAAUAUAUUACACUCUAAUCAAGCGGACUGGAUAUUUAUUAUGAGGGGUGUGCUAAAGUUUUUGAGCCUUUUCUUUUGCUUCUAGGUUUUUAAAAUGACUUUGCUGCUAUAGACACAGUUAGGACUUUAAGACUUUGCACAAAGUAUUUACAUUUUUUUGUAAUUACAUGCACUUUUGCCAUAGAAACACUGGAGUGAUCUGUGGAGAAAAAACAUUUCUGCUUUGUCUCUGUACUUGAUAAUAUAGAAAAAUUAAAUUCAACAAGUAAAAUUGUACAGUCAGA